CCGUGAGGCCUCGCGCGGGGAAGGACCGGAACUCCGGGCGGGCGGCUUGUUGAUAAUAUGGCGGCGGGCGCUGCCGGGGCGCCGGGACGCUGCCGCGGGGCCCUCGGCCGGAGGAGGGGGCGCGCUUCGGGCUAGUGCGGAGGCCGCUGCGCUCCCGGGAGUCCGGGCCGGUCGCUGGAUGAAGGGAGCCGGGCCCUCCCCGCGCCAGUCCCCCCGCGCCCUCCGGCCCGACCCGGGCCCCGCCAUGUCCUUCUUCCGGCGGAAAGUGAAAGGCAAAGAACAAGAGAAGACCUCAGAUGUUAAGUCACUUAAAGCCUCUGUAGCCGUACUUUCCCCACAAAAAAGCACGAAAAAUCAUGCCUUGCUGGAGGCUGCGGGACCAAGUCCUGUUGCGAUCAACGCCAUCUCUGCCAACAUGGAUUCCUUCUCGAGCAGCAGGACAGCAGCGCUUAAGAGGCAGCCAAGCCACAUGGAAGCCGCUCAUUUUGGUGACUUGGGCAGAUCUUGUCUGGACUACCAGACACAAGAGACCAAAUCAAGUCUUUCAAAGACUCUUGAGCAAGUGUUACAUGACACUAUUGUUCUCCCUUAUUUCAUUCAAUUCAUGGAACUUCGGAGAAUGGAGCACUUGGUUAAAUUUUGGUUAGAAGCUGAAAGUUUCCACUCUACAACUUGGUCCCGAAUAAGAGCACACAGUCUGAACACAGUGAAGCAGAGCUCUUUGGCUGAGCCCGUGUCUCCAUCUCUGAAGCAUGAAACUGCAGUAACUUUUGCAACUGAGUCUCUUGACAGGAGAUUGGAGGACUCUAGCUCAGUUCAGUUGCUGAUGACACAGUCAGAAGAAACUGACCUGAGUAAUAGAACUAGCGCCGCCCAGAAUCACUUGCUACUUUCCCAGGAAUGGGAUAGUACACAUUCUCUCCAUCUUGAAAUGUCCAGAACAGUAACUGAUCAAGUUUCCAUUGAAACGCAAGAACCCUCCUCUAGACUUGCAGUAGCCAGUAGGAAUAGUCCUUGUUCGCCACUAAAGGAAUUAUCAGGAAAAUUAAUGAAAAGUAUAGAGCAAGAUGCAGUGAAUACUUUUACCAAAUAUAUAUCUCCAGAUGCUGCUAAACCAAUACCAAUUACUGAAGAAAUGAGAAAUGAUAUUAUAGCAAAGAUUUGUGGGGAAGAUGGACAGGUGGACCCCAAUUGUUUUGUUUUGGCACAGUCUGUCGUCUUUAGUGCAAUGGAACAAGAGCACUUUAGUGAGUUUCUGCGAAGUCAUCAUUUCAGUAAAUACCAGAUUGAAGUGCUGACCAGUGGAACUGUUUACCUGGCUGACAUUCUCUUCUGUGAGUCAGCCCUCUUUUAUUUCUCUGAGUACAUGGAAAAAGAGGAUGCAGUGAAUAUCUUACAGUUCUGGCUGGCAGCAGAUAACUUCCAGUCUCAGCUUGCGGCAAAAAAGGGCCAGUAUGAUGGGCAGGAAGCACAGAACGAUGCCAUGAUUUUAUAUGACAAGUACUUCUCCCUCCAAGCCACACAUCCUCUUGGGUUUGAUGAUGUUGUUCGGUUAGAAAUUGAAUCCAACAUCUGCAGGGAAGGUGGGCCACUCCCUAACUGUUUUACAACUCCUUUACGUCAGGCUUGGACAACCAUGGAAAAGGUCUUCUUACCUGGCUUUUUGUCCAGCAACCUUUAUUAUAAAUACUUGAAUGAUCUCAUUCAUUCUGUCCGAGGAGAUGAAUUUCUGGGAGGAAAUGUGUCCAUGACUGCCCAUGGCCUUGUGGGCCCUCACGAUAAUGUCCAUUCUAGUGGUUCUGACAGCUCAUCUCAGUCCAGUAUGAAGAAAGCCAGUGUUAAAAUUCUGAAAAAUUUUGAUGAAGCGAUAAUUGUGGAUGCUGCAAGUCUGGAUCCCGAGUCUCUGUACCAGCGGACAUAUGCAGGGAAGAUGACCUUUGGAAGAGUCAGUGAUUUAGGCCAAUUCAUUCGAGAAUCUGAGCCUGAACCUGAUGUGAAGAAAUCAAAAGGAUCCAUGUUCUCACAAGCUAUGAAGAAAUGGGUGCAAGGAAAUACUGAUGAGACCCAAGAAGAACUAGCUUGGAAGAUUGCUAAGAUGAUCGUCAGUGACGUCAUGCAGCAGGCGCAAUGUGACCAGCCAUUAGAGAGGUCGACAAAGCUAUGACUCAAGAUCUGCCAUAAAGGAAAUCUGCUUUUAAAAAGAAGAUAACUUUUUCCCUUUGGCUGGAAACUUCAGCGCAGCCCUGACAACAAGCACUGACCCCCUUUCGCUGCUCCCACUGCUGGGCGAACAAUCCAGGCUUCAGAGCGGAGUGACAUGGAGGCGUGGUUGUUCACACGUUCACACAGGGCGGUCAUGCAGAGACCAAGUGGUAUUGUUUACAUUACUAGAGAAUUAAUCGUUUUCCAAUGGCAAUAACCCAUUUGUGAGAGCGUUUUAGUCCCCUAGAAUAGAAUAGACAGGGACCACAAACUGUGGGAGGCAGAUCAACAUAGGGUUGGUAUUUGAUGCACACUCUGUAGUGAGAACCCACUCUAACACAGCAUGAAGAGGUGCCAGAGGUGCUUUGCUCUGACCUGAGACUGGGGAGUCAGGAGGGUGAGUCUGAGCGCCAGGCAGCUGGGUGUGGCAGCGUGGUGCUAGCUGGUGGUUUUCUCCAGCUGGGUAAAAGCUCCUUGCUGCCUUCACAGAGGCAUUAAUUUGGAAGGAAGCUGACAGAUGAGUGUCAUGAUGUAGUCCUUCCCUCUGGUGUCAGGAUAUGGUUUUCACAUUCUGAUUGCUCCGGAGGUGAGUCCGCUUGAACUGGGACUCCCCUGCAAACAAAAGGAUGCCUCUACUGACUUUGAGCAUUAAGACUAACUCUUCUGGAAUGCUGCACUCCAGAUCGCUAAUUUUUCCUUUAGAAAGCAUUUGGAAAGGAAUUAAGUGCUAACGUCACUCCAGUUUCUUCCUGUGGUACACUGAGCUAAAUGUUUAUUCCCAGGUUGUACUUUCUUUUUUAAAGGUGGGUGAAUAGGGGCUGGGUGGGGGGAAGAUUUCAGCUUUGACCUUCUCCCCUUUCUUUUCUGUGAGCUGGGAAGUGUGCAGGGAUGCCCCUUCUUCCUUCUGUCUCGGGGACAGUAGGAGACGCCCUCGCUGUCCUGAACCUUGCAGCCCUCAGUGGCUGCCUCUGGCAAGCACACUUCCCUGGCCGAGCGGUGCCAAGGCCUCCUCAGCUCAUGUGGCAAGGGGAAAGAGCAUUCAUUCUCUUAGGUGUUACUGCUUUUGCUCAGACUUUGCAAAAAACACACAAAAAUUAUAUAAAUACAUAUGAUUAUUAAUCACCUCUGUCCUUGAGAAAGUCUUGAAUGAAUAGAGAAUUUAUUUCAUUGCAAUAUUUGAUUGUUUAGAGGCACACUGUUUCAUCAACAGAAGCAACAAGGCUAUGUAUAAGUUUUGGUACUAUGUACCACCUCUGUUAUUCUAAAGCAAAGUAUUCAUGUACUUAAACCAUAUUCUAUUUAAUUGUGUUUGAUUUUAAAAUAUAUAUAUGAAUUAUAUUUAAAAUUGUGUCAACUUUCUGCUUCCAGGGCAUUUAUGGCUCUUCUAUUUGAAAUGUGUUGAUUCUUCCCGAUAUUUCACUUGUUUCACAAACACCCAGACCAUGAGCCACUACUAGAUUUACCUUUGUGUUUGGAGCGUACAGCAUAGAGCUGAAGUUUUCUUAGGUGUACUUGAUGUGAGUAACUCACUUUGUUCUUUUCCACCUGCCUCACUUUGCUUCAGUCUUUAACAAAAAGCAGUAGUAAGGUUAUAGAGUAAAGUAUGGUUUGGGGUAAUCUUCCCACCUUUGCAUGUUUUGGAGCAACAAUAUCUGUGAGACUGUAGGCUGUCUAAUCCAGUGCUUCCAUUUAAGAUAAUGUGUAGUCAUUUGUGCUGC